AUGGCUCCAUCAUUGUUGAAGUGCAACAUAUGUCCUCGCAAGCCCAAAUUCAGUGACGUCUCCCACCUGUUGACACAUUUGAGCUCCAAGGGUCACUUAUCCCACUACUUCAAGCUACAGGUCCGCAGCUAUCAAGAGCCCCAGGCCACCGAGCUUCUGGCUGCAUAUGACCAGUGGUAUGAGAAGAAUAAGCUUGCUACAUUGUUGUCAGAUCGUAUGCUGGCCAAAGAAGCCCGGAAUGCCAAAGGUUCUCGUACGGGCACUCGUUCUAGUCUUCCUGUUGCCUUCCCGAGCGAUAUCUCUUCUAGAGCCAUGGCUUCUGGCUAUGGGAACCCUACUGUCGAUGCUAAGAAACGGAGAGACUCGCUUCCCAGCUUCCUUGACCCUCGACUCUCUCAGAAUUACAAUGGUUAUGAUGCUGGUGACGGCAGCCAGAGACAGAGCGGGCCCUCGUACGCUCCCAUGUCUGUCGGUAUCAUGAUUAACCCAGUUACCAAUUCCGGUUUUGGCUGGAAUCAACAACACCAAUACCAGGCCCAGGAGCCCAUCACUACUACCUCCAUGCCAAAGAGGCUGAAAGAUGACGACGAGACAGAGUCAGAGGGGGAGAGAAGCCCUUCGAUGGGAAGGAGAACCAGAACCAUGGCUCAGGCUGGACCUUCGAUGGAUUUUCCCACCCACUCUGCUCGUAGAUCGCUGAUUCCCGAUCCCUUCGUCGACGAUGCUGCAUUUGAAUACUAUGAAGACGAGGACGAGCCUACUCGGCGGGGCGGUGAUGAAGCAAGUAGGCUGAAAGGCAUCUUCUGGCCAGGUAUGGACAUCUUUGAUUCUGCUACGGAGGAGAUGAGACGCAAGCGGAACCAGAAGAAGGACGGCUCCAUUCUCAAGCAGAUGGAGGAGACCUCAGAGAGCGUCGAGCCAACAGAGCUUGUUUUCUCUCCCAAUGGAACUCUUCGAAAACAACGUUACAUCUCUGGUAUGGUCGAUGAUAGCAGCCCGCUCAAGGGAGAAACUCCCAUCCCUAAGAAGCGGGUAUCUCGCCCUCGCAGGCGACCCUUGUCUCAACUGAACGCAAAUGCCCAAAUGCAAUCAGCACAGAGCAGGUACAAGAUGCGGAUGAGAGAGGAAAACCACGCCGUCAGGCUCGAACAGUUGUCUCGACAGGCAAUUAUGUAUGGAGAUUCGUCCGGAACUAUUAGCAGAGGUUUUGAUAACGGUGAUGGAAUGGGUUAUCCAUCAUCGGACUCCCACCGCCCCCGUGGACUUGCUGUUUAUCGUGAUGGCAACAACGGGCCUAAAUUCGGCCUUGAACGCUCUGUCAACAAGGGCAACGGACACAACAAACCGUUCUAUGGUUCUUUCAAACCUCCAAGUACUGCGGCCUAUCGUGGCAAGGAAAACAUCGAACCAAUGUUUACCCACAUGGGGGAUCGAAACACCCAGCAGCAGAAGUUCUACUACAACUUCCCAUCGCAAAAUGAUAACGAUGCCUAUGGGUACUCGAUGAACCCAUUGUCCUAUGCUGCUCCUCAACAGCCCUGUGUCCCCAACCAUAAUGCAGACGGGUCAAAGGAUAGGAUGACGAUAGACACGAAUGACUUGUUCGUUCAGCCAACCCCUGGAAUGUUUGGAGCCGGUCGUGGCGUGUCUCCUUUCGGCGCCAUGUCUAGUAUCGAAUCAGAAGGAAUGGCCGAAAUGAGCCUGAUGGAGUAA